CGUAUCCUUGAUGGUUUCAUCAUAGACAAUGUAGCCUCUCUAGCCUUUGGGCGUUUCCUAUUUCUUAUCUCGUCCAUCAAACGUCCAUCAAGGGAGUACGGUACAGUCGCCGGAUUACGCUCAAGACUUUCGUGUAUUUGAAGCACAAGCAUAUCUCUCGAAUUGCUAUCUGGUGGUUUGUCUCGCCACGUUCGACCUCCAUGGAGUCAACAAAUACAUCCUCGAUUGAAGUCACCACACGGUCAGACCUCUCUCUUCUCUACAAGGUUCUUCGCACCAUCAUCCGUCCACUCCGACCCCGUCUCGUCAAACCCGGCAAGCCCGCACCCUCUGAAUCUCAAAAACUCUCGCCACCAGAAAAGCGAGGAUGCAAGGUCAUCGAAUCGCGACGGGAAGGUAUUUGGGAAUAUACUUUCCGGCACUCAUCACAGCCAGCAUCCCAAGGAGGACAACCACUCCAUGACGGUGUUGCAAGGGUGGUGGAGGAACGAAAGCCGGCGAGCAAGAAGCAUCGCGUGUAUUACUUCUGCGGCGGCGGGUUUCAGUCGCCUCCCUCGAAUGAGCAUUGGCGAUUCAUCACGCAGGUUACUAAGGAUCUGGCGCAGUCUCAGGGACAGCACCGCGAAGUUGAGAUCACGGUGGUAUCGCAUCCUCUUGCGCCGGCGUCACCUGCCGCUGAGGCGUUGCCGGUGCUGCGGAAGUGGUUGGCCUCUGCACUGGUUGAGGCCAAUCUAGCUGGGGAUACGGUGACGUUGAUGGGAGAUAGUAGUGGUGGGAACAUUGCGCUGAGUUUGGGAUUUUGGGCAGUGGAGAACUAUAAGGCUCCUUCUGCAUCUGCCACGAGUGGUGAUGGUAAUGGUCUGCCCUUGGUGGCAGUCUUUGUAAUUUCGCCGGCUGUGGAUCUGAGGAAUGUCAAUCCUGGGAUUGAAGAGGUUGAUAGAUAUGAUCCGGUUUUGACGGUAGGAUUGACGAGCCAGGUUGCGAGGGCGUGGACGGGGAAUGUUGAGUCGAAGGGUCCGGUGCCGGGAAAGCCAGCGGCGAUGGAGAUGUCUAAUCCGACGGUGUCGCCUCUGUUACAGCCGGAGGAGAUGUUUAGGUUGAUGAGGGAUAGAGGAGUGAGUGUGCAUGGUGUGGUGGGUACGCAUGAUGUGCUUGCUCCGGAUGCAUUGGAGUUCAUGAGGAAGUGUGAACGAUUUGGGGUGAGAGGAAAAUGGUUGGUUUGGGAUGGGCAGAUGCAUUGUUUCCCGCUGGCGGGAGGGGGCGAGAUCGUUGGCUUGAGAGAAGGGAAAGAGGGGAGGAGGUGGGUUGAUGAGGUAUUGAGAGAGGAUGCAAGAGUGUAGGACAUGAAAUGCAUGGCU